CAUAGUUAUAAAACAAAAAACGAAACUGUUUUAUAAAUGGGUUUAUUGGGUUUAAACUUGACGUGUGCUGUUGCUAUAUUAUUGUUGCUUUUCAGCACAAGAAUAUGCUCAGCCCAGCUCUCUUCUAGUUUUUACAAUAGCACUUGUCCAAACGCUCUUUCCACCAUUCGUACUUCGAUUCGAUCGGCAAUUUCGGCGGAACGUCGAAUGGCAGCUUCACUCAUCCGUCUUCAUUUCCAUGAUUGCUUUGUCCAGGGUUGUGAUGCUUCAAUUUUACUAGAGGAUUCAGCCUCUAUCGUUAGCGAACAGAGCGCAGGUCAGAAUAGGAAUUCUGCAAGAGGUUACGAAGUCGUAGAAGAAGCGAAAUCGGCAGUGGAGAGCAUAUGUCCUGGGGUUGUCUCUUGUGCAGAUAUUCUUGCAGUAGCAGCUCGUGAUGCAUCAGUUGUUGUGGGUGGUCCAUCUUGGACUGUGAAACUUGGGAGAAGAGAUUCUACUACAGCAAGCCUCUCUCAAGCCCAGAGUGAUCUUCCGAAUUUUACAGAUGACCUUCAAACUCUGAUCAAUCUAUUUAAUCGCAAGGGUCUCAGCACCAGAGACAUGGUAGCCUUAUCAGGUUCACAUACAAUUGGACAAGCUCGAUGCCUGACAUUUCGUGGUAGAGUGAACAGCAACACAAGUGACAUCGAUGCUGGUUUUGCCAGCACUCGGAGACGUCGCUGCCCCGCCGAUGUGACCAAGGAGAACUCAACUUUGGCACCUCUUGAUCUGGUGACACCUAACCAAUUGGACAACAACUACUUCAAGAAUUUGAUUCAGAAAAAAGGUCUUCUUCAGUCAGACCAAAUCCUCUAUAGUGGAGCACCAACAAAGGAUAUUGUUACCGAGUAUAGCAAGAGCCCUUCAAUCUUUAGCUCCGAUUUCGCAUCAGCCAUGAUUAAAAUGGGGGAUAUUGAGCCUCUUACGGGUUCUGCUGGGGAGAUAAGAAAGAUUUGCAAAGCUGUGAACUAAAGUUUAAUCCAAUGGUUAAGUUGAUUCGUUGAUUCAAAAUGUGUGUAUACCUCUUUAUGCUUUUAGUCUGUCAAAGUUGAGUGUGUUUGUAAUAAAAUUCCUGACGCUUAAUGUCUGGACUCGUUCUGCUACUUAAAUCCUUUUAAU